CCUUCGUGUGAAGUGGGCCGGCCCUGCACGAAACUCCUCUUACUUUGAAGUUCGCAAGUUGUUCAACUUUUUCCACCGCCGGCACUCCAGCGGCACUUUCUUGAUUAGGUUUACGCGCUCGGUUCUGAUACGCGAUGUCUUGGAUCUGACCUGUAAUCAUACUGACGCGCGAUGGCUCCUUUUGGAAAAAACUUUCUGAAGGCGCGUUUGAAGAACAGGUCUAAGCCUGUCGAGGAAACACCAGGCAGGGAAAUCCAGGUGCUUGUAUGUCGGGAAGAAAAAGUAGUCUGUGGCGUGACCAAGCACACAACCUGCGCAGAUGUAGUCAAGGCUUUAUUGGAGGACCACCAGACUUUACCAGAGAGUAAGAGGCUAUUACAUGGGGACCCUAAAGACUUCUGCAUCCUGGAACGGUGGAAGGGCUUUGAGAGAGCACUGCCGCCUCUCACUCGGAUUCUUCGGCUAUGGAAUGCUUGGGGCGAUGAGAAACCUUUCAUACAGUUUGUCCUCAUGAAGAUCAGUGAUUUUGUGCCAUCAUCUAAAGGAGCCAGAAGAGCCUCAAAGUCUCGGGGAGCAAGGUCCAAAAGAUGGGAGCAAGGACCUGCACAGUACGCCAAGACUGUAUCUUCAGAGAAGCAGAAGCGCAUGGUAAAGAAGGCCUUCCGUAAACUGGAGAAGAUCCAGAAAGCAGAGACAUCAGAGGGAUCAGAAGAGAUCAGUAAGCUGGUUCAGUUGAUCAUCUCACAGGAUCAGACCAUCCGGCAGCAAAUUCACCAAAUGCGUGAGAUAGACUUGGAGAUUGAACAUGCAGAAGAACAACUGAGGAACAGCCCCACUCCUCGCUCCAGCAUCUCAGAAAGUGAUGGGGGCCAGUCAUUGUCUCAACUUGACAGUCAGCUUCAGGAGUACCUGUACACCAGCGAUGGACUUGAGCAACUAGAACUACAUGUUUUCAGGCACCAAGAACUUAUUGAUCAGCUCUCUCAAGAUAUUGAUCUGGAGCUGAGGAACUGGACUUUAGAUUUAGAGGACUUGAAAGGAGCAGCAGCUGCAAGUCCAGAACUAGAGUUGGAACCUAAUCUCUCAUUGUCCUCCUCGGAUCUCUUAGAGAUGGAAAACUUGCGUAGUGAACUUGAGACAAGUAUGAGAGCUGGGCUUUCCCUCCAUGCUCAAACGCAGGAAAUCGAGAAGGAAAUGCAGCGGAACAAAACAGCCAUGCAGUCCCAGAACCAAGAAUACCAGCAUCUGGUUGCUCAACUCAGUGCACUUGAGCUGGGGGCCUGUCCGGACCAGCCUAGCCCUGUCUCUCUGAAGACCCAGAUCAGGGCAGCUGUCUCUCAGCAGACAGCAGGCAAGGUCAGGCUGACAUGCUCCCCUACGGAUGUGACAGACACAGACUCAGACACUGGAAUAAGCUCUACUCACAGUCAGGACUCGCUGUCUCCUUGUGUGGACAGGUCACCUCCACUGGACACUGACGUUUAACUUCAGGAUUGACCAGUUGUGUUUUUAGAGGGUUACUCCACUUUAUAAUAAACAUUUUGUCAUUAAACACUUACCCCCAUGUUGUUGCAAACCCAUAAAAGCUUAGUUCAUAUUCAGAACACAAUCUGAGAUAUUUUAGAUGAAAAUCCGGAAGGAAUUUUUGACUGUCCCAUUGACUGCCAAGUAAAUUACACUGUCAAAGGUCCAGAAAAGUACGAAACACAUCAUCAAAAUAGUCCAUCUGCCAUCAGUGGUUCUCUAUGAAUUUUAUUAAGUGAUGAAAAUACAGAGAAAAUAAAAGUAACGAUUUAAUUCAACAAUUUGGACAAUGGACAGUGGUAUUUACUUGGCGGUCAAUGGCACAGUUAAAAUCCCGGUUUUCAUUAAAAAUACCUUGAAUUGUGUUCCAAAAAUGAACAAAGCUUUUACGGAUUUUGAACAACAUGGGGGUAACUGAUUAAUGAGUGUAUAUUAAUUUUGAUUUGACUAACCCUUUAAGACAUUGUAUUUAUUGACUCCAACAAGUAAACACACAGUUGAUAUGGAUAUUCCACCCAAAAAUUACACUUCUGUCAUCAUUUACUCAUAAUUUAUCAUGCAUCAUAUUAUUUCAAACAGAAGAUUUGAGACAUUUUACAAAAUGUCUUCUUAGAAGAAAGGCGUAUUGUUUUGGAACAAUAUGAGGGAGAGUAAAUGAUGGCAAACUACUGAAAUACUCCUUUAAACUAAUUUGUGGUGUUAGAGUUAUAUUUUAUAGGUAUUGAUGCAUGAUUUAACUGUGUGAAAUAAUGAUUAUCGUCUUAUGCUUUCUGUCUUCAUUAUAAUUCAUAUGCACUUAAAGUCUAAAUUAUGUAAAAUUACUUUUAAAAACAAUGUCAAUAAGCUGAAAAAUAUUUUAUUUUGGGGUUUCUUUCAUAUUUAAAAUUACCCCUCUAAUUUUUUAAAAUCCUGCUGAUAUUUAUUAAGCCCAAAUUUUCCAGUUUGAAAACUUUUUGUUCACCUAAAUGCAAAGUUUAGUUACUAUUUUUAAAGAAAACAAUGUUAAAUGAGUUCAAAUAUUUUAUUGUAAUCUGUAAAUAUCAAUAGCACUAUAAAAUGUUUAUAACUAUAUGAACAAGGUAUGAAAGAACAUAAAAUUGUUUUAUAUUAAAACAAACUACAGACUUCAUACAUAAGCUUUACUUUUUUAAAUGUAUGAACAGGUGACUGCACAAAUUGCAAAAUAUAGAGAUAAAAGUUAACCCAUAUGCAUAAAUUAUUUUAACUUUAAAAUGUUUUUAACUAUAUUCAAUUUCAUUUGCAGAUUGGACCCUUUUUAGCAUAGCAAUUUUCCAUCCCAUGCUUUUGCGAUGUGUUAUCAGCAAUAGUUUGUAGACUGUGACUCAUGUUCCCUUCACAGCUAAAGUGGGUUGAGACAGCACUCGGUGAAAGAAUCCAUUCUGACACUAAUACAAACACAAGUAAGGAAUAUUUGAAUUCUAAUGGGAAAACCUUUGUACAUUUCUUCAGUCACUGCCAGUAAAGAGACAUUCGAGCCCUUUUGCUUCAAGUAAUUGCCUCAUCCUUUCUUUAAAACCAGCGAACAGCAGAGACUUAGCAGUCCUAUUAGACUGCGGUCUCAUUGCUUCAUUGAAUUAAUGCAGGGUCUUUAAUGCCAAGUUCCUGAAGGGUAACAACGUGUUACGCCGUUGUUAUUCAGCGUGACUCAUAACAAAUGGGAUUUUAAAGAAGGCUCCAUUUUGUAAUGCAAAACAAAUGGGUUUUAAAAACUUGCAUUAUACAGCAGGCCUUGAUAUUCAGAGGGUGUUAAUGAAGCCUUGCUUCAUUGGCUCCUUCAAAAUGCCGGCUUCGCACUGAGAUAAUAACUAAAUUCCCCUUCAUUGGCUCUGAUCCCACACAGCACCCCCUGCAGGGUGUUGGCAAUACAAAGUCCGAAGGCUCUUUAAUGUCUCCACUGUCAGCGUCGUGACUUGUUUACCUCCACUGUCAGUUCAGGAGGAACCAGAGAGCUGCCAGGACUCUGUCGUGGCCGUAAUUUCCUGUGUGAAAACGGCAAUUACUGACUUUUAUCUCUGCCGCGGCAGUAUUUCCAGCACUAACAAUUACACCGGCCAAUUCUUGUAAACAGUCUUUUAAGAUUGUGUCAGGACAGCUCCCCCAUGUUGAACUUUCAAUUACGAAGACUUUUGCAUCCUCUGAAAAUACGGAAGAUACUAUAAGUGAAGUGGCUAAAAAGAAAUGGACUUUUGCUUGGCAAGUAGUUUUACGCCCAAGGCCGUCAUGUAAUGAGACACUAGUAUUUUUCUUCACUAGAUCAAGGAACCCGUCCUGCCUAACUUUUCACAUUUCAUAAACACAUGAUGUAGUUUUUGAUCUAACAAGUGAUUGAAUCAUCUCAAGACAAAAUAAUCCUGUCGCCUGCAUGCUGCAGUCUUCAAAAACAACAGUUACAUUAUCUUGUCAGUUUGCCUUGAGUUUCCUGAAUAGGCUUUUUUCCACUUUAGCCAGUGAUUUGUAUGUUAAUGUUUCUCUCAUACAUACCAAUACAUUUUUAACUUGUACCAAAAGCAAAUAAACUGAUUUUAGGAUCUCCUUUA